UGUUUUUUUUCUCUUUUUAACAUAGACCUUUCCUCCCCUUAUUCUAAGUCCCUUCCAUCAUCCGAUUCUGCCACCUCCUAAGCUAUGUCGGCGCAACUUGCAAAUCUAGUGGGCAAGAAGAUUCUCGCAGAAUCCGCCCGGAAUCAUUUUGGACAAGAAGACCCCUAUUUCGAAGAGGUUCCCGCGUCACGCUUGAAUCGCGCCUUCGGGAAGAAAACACAAAAGCGACGCAAAGCAAUCCCUCCCGGCCUGUCGCAGAACGACAGCAAGGUUCUGACGCAAGUUAAAAGAAGGGCGUAUCGCUUGGACUUAUGUCUCUUUAGCCUGUGUGGAAUCCGAUUCGGAUGGGGAAGUGUUAUAGGUCUAUUCCCAUUUAUUGGAGAUGGAGCAGAUGCUGCAUUGGCUUUGAUGGUGGUGCACACCUGUGACAAAAUCGAUGGGGGCCUCCCAUCGCGGCUGCGAAUGAUGAUGCUCAUGAAUAUCGUGAUCGAUUUCUUUAUCGGCUUGGUUCCUUUCAUUGGUGACGUUGCUGAUGCCGUGUACAAAUGCAACACGCGGAAUGCCGUGCUUCUGGAAAAACAUUUGCGGGAAAAAGGGGCCAAGGCGCUUGCCAAACAAGAGAGGAGGCAGGAUACAGCGGAUAUGAGCUUGCCGGACGAGUUCGACCGCUAUGAUGACGAUACUUCGGGUGAGCCAUCUCGUCACAAAGGCCAGCCACACAGUAGGAACACUGAUGGACCAGCGAAGCCUCAAGCAGCACGGGUUCCCAAGAAAAGCCGUUCACAAGGCAGAUGGUUCGGAGGAAGAGCUCAACCGGAGGAUGACCUUGAGACUGGAGUGAUCGAUAACUCCCGGCCCUCUCGGCGGCAUUGAUGAUGUCACAGAUAGAUGCAUUCGGGACAGUCAAAAUGAUAAUGC